ACGGAACACCUUCGUUCUCAAGGCUCGGAGUGGCAGUGAUGAGCGACUGCAUGCAAUUACGCUCAAUGUGAACGUGAGAGAGCAGGAUUUGACUCAUUUCAAUGGUAGAAAUGGGGCUGGAGCGGAUAAAGCGGUGCAGGUGAGGGAAGUCUUUGUUCAAGAUCGAUGGUCUCACGUUGUUGUUGCUACUGCCAGCGGUUGCUGGAGCUGCUGGACGACGAUGAAGCGUUCCAGGCGCUAGUGCGUGAAAUUAGCGAUCUGCGCCAGCUGGACCAGCUGAUCAAGACGAAGGCAAAGGACGGCACGCACACGCUCGAGCUACCGGACGUGACGGUGCAGUGGCAGGUGGCCGAGGAGCCUGGUCUACCCAGCGUCUUGCAGCGCGUACAGGACGAUGGAGAUAGUCAAUCGACUACUGGACGAGUGCCGAGCACUACCGAACCGGCGGGGAAGUAUCGUCCGCUACCCGUGCGAAAACUGGUCGUGGCUGUGUGGAUGUAUCCACCUCACGUCGAGAUCCCUCCGACGGGGGACCGGAUUCCAGUAGCCAGCGACGCGAAUAAACAGGAUUUUUUUCGCAAGGACGACGCAGGAAGCGUAGAAGGCGCUGAAGAAACAAACGUUCUUUUCUUGCAGACAUUCCUUGAAGCGGAUCAGUUGAAAAGCAUCCAGCUCUCCAUGCCAAUUGUCCUUCUUCAGCCCCAAGAGCAAGUCAUGGGCUGCGUUGCUGGCACGGAACAGCAUGGGGACACUGCAUUCCAGUCCUCAGGAGAGCUACGGGGCGUACUGAGAUGGGGUGGACUUCGCUCGACCAAUCUCAUCAUUGGCAUCGUUAUUAACAUCAUCGGCCACACUCUGCACUCACGCAAGAGCAAGCAACCAAUUCACGUCUUUGGCUUCGGGGACUCUCAAACGGCUGAUCAAUGUGUCUUCACAUUUUCUCCGACGGAAGUCCGUGUCGAGGUGUGGAGCACGUCCUGCGGUAUACAGACAUCACCCCGGAUCUUGUGCUAG